GCAAGCGACCGCGCCGCUCGCUCCAACCACACGGCCUUUGGUCACAACGGUCACAAGUCACAACACAACGCCAGGCGCGCCAAACAAAAACUUAAGAAAUCAACUGUUUUUAACACGGAAGUGCAACUAUCGACCAUGAAGGUUCUGCUGUGCUUUGUGGCUAUCCUGGUGGGCUUGGCGCGAGCAGAUAUGGGCGGCGAGUGCGACCUGGCCAUGUUCUACUUGGAGCUGGGCUGCACGGCGGCACCGCGGGCCAACGACGCCGCUGGAUGCCCGCAAGCGUUCACCUGCCCCGAUCUACAUCCAGAUCCCACCAAGUGCUACUACAGAGGUGUGGCAUAUUCCAACAACGACGUGCUGCCCCAGAACCUGAUAAAGAACCCGUGCUCGCAGCGCUGCACGUGCCAGGUCUCGGACGAGCCACGUUUCGAGUGCGCGGCCGUCGACUGCGUCGAGAGCUUCGACUCCGACCUGCAGCAGUGCGUGGCCACCUUCGAGCUGGACUCCUGCUGCAGUGUGGGCAACGUGUGCGGUAAAGACGCCAUCGCCAAGCUAGCGACCUGCGAGAUCGACGGCAAGACGUAUCGCGAGGGAGAGUCCUUCGAGCCGAAGGACUCGAUGAAGAGCUGCGUUUGCACGCCUCAGUGGAACGCGACCGUCAGCCCCGCGUACUGCCGCGACAUCAACUGCGGCGUUGAGAUACACUAUCAGAAGAAUCUUCUGGAUAAUUGCGCUCCGAUCUUCUUCAAAAACUCACGCAGUUGCCCAAUCGGUUUCAAAUGCCCGGCAUCGGACACUAAAGUGGUCCGCGGCCUAAACCUGAAGGCGGUGAGCGCGCAGUGCCAGUUCGGAAACGAGACGCUCUCCGUCGGCGACGAGGUGACGGUGGAUGAGAAGUGCACGCGCUGCGCCUGUGAGGUGCCUCCCUUCGCCUCUUGCACCCAGCAAAGCACCUGUAGCUAAACAUUCAACACGACUUACCGAAUGUGCAUCCUCUAAUGAAAACCGAAGACUGCCCGCUGACGAGGUGAAAGACAACAACUAAACUCGUCCUAUAUGCAGCAGAGUACAGAUGCAAAGAGACGACACCAGCGAAAUGCGCAUCAUCUUAAGUAUUAUCUUGACUCGCUACGGUGACGAUAACUGCACGCGUGCGACGUGUUGUCUUUUGUGUUUAACAGCACCAAGUGAAGUGCGUAUAAAGUCGUCAACCUUAAGAUCAUAAUAAUAUGCUGACCAAGUCAGGGGACGGCAAAUUUUAGAAAGAUCCCAUUGUAGUAAGAAUCAUAAGUUUCAAGAGUUCCAGAGAUAUGUCAAUAUUGAUUUGAUGACUUUAAAUAUUAUUUCUUUAAAUGAUUAGGGAUUGAGGAAUCUCAAAAAAAUACAAUUUUGUACAUAUGUGUCUCAGGAUUAUAUCCGCCUUUUCGACGGUCGAUUUCUGCUGAAACGGACGGAGAGUAAAUAACAUUUUAUCCCUGUCCCUCAGCGGUCGGCAACCUUUUAGCAGGCAAGGGCCACAUAGUAGUUAACGGAGGUGACGCGGGCCGUACUUAUUUAACAUUUACUGACGAUACAUG